AUGAUAGACUUGGACGAAUAUGACGGAAUAUUUCAGAAGAUUGAAGACCAAUUCCAAGGUUUGACUGCUCCAGAUCAUGAGUUUAUCGAUACCGAUGAAAAAGACGUCAUCCUCCUGGUGGAACGACGAGGGCGCGGUGAUUUGCAUUCUUCUUCGUCGUCAUCCGCCAUUGCUCUAGCUGAUGAAAGAGACGAUUUGGACACCGAUUUCGGUUUAAUGCAGGAGACGGAAGACAAAAUCUCUGCGGAGCUAUUGGAGCUGAGUGAUCUCAUGCGGUCAGGGUCAAAAGAUGAUAGAACAAACAAACGAGACACGAUGCCACCAGGAGGUUCAUGGUUGGGGGGUCGGCGUCCUCGAGUGGAAGUGAGAGUUCUACGUGGGGAACAGAAAAGACAUACAACUGAACUCGACAAGGCGAUUAUGAAGCAGCUUGAAGCGUUCCAAAUUAGUGGAAAGGCUAAACAAGACUGCAAGAACAAGAAGCACCAAACGGACGAAGAGACGACGACUAUGGAGGAGCGAGUUGAGGACACACUUCAGCAUAUAUCAGGUAGCAGUCAAGAUGAAAUUCACAUAUUUCAAUCAAACUCGCAAAUUGAUUCUUUCGAUGCAUCACUGCACGAGAAGUGUAACAUCCAUGCGACGAAUCAAAGAAGUAGUCCAAUGAUGAAAGAAGAAAGCGUUGAAGUGGCAGCGAUCUUUCAUGGCGAUCUUCAAGUAGAGAUUGAUGAUGAAUCUGAGAAAAUUCUUUCUUCGUCGGAACGAGGCUUGAAGGAGACUUAUCCGUUGGAAUUUUCGGGACGGGCUCCUUCAUCAUCAAGAUGCGCAAAAUCUCUGCUGUGUCGUGAUCCAUCGAUCUCAUCAUCAUCCAGUGAUGAAUCCAGCCUUCUUUGGCUCGACGAAAAGUUGGAUAUUUAA